CUCCACGUGUUCCACCUUCGCCUCGUCUUCCUGCUUCUACAAACAUCCGAAGCCCGCCGCCGCGCGCGGAUUUAAGCGGCUCCGGCAAUGGCUUGAUGCUACACUUGUUCGAACUUAUCAGCUCAGUCUCACUCAGCCUGCACACUCUCAAUGCGACAUCUCAUCAUGAUCAACGUAGUAGCCGUAUGCCUCGUCCUCUCCACCCUAGCCGCUGCCGGCGUCUGGUCGCCCGCGCCUCCGCCGCCAGAGGUGCAUCAUCAAGGUGAGCACGUCCUGCGGGAGGGCCGCCGCGUCGUCAUCGUCGAGUACGAGCGCGAGCUCCCGCACACUCCCGGCCACGGCGCCGCCAAGGAGACGCGCGUCCUGUACCCUCACGGUGCCCUCGACGGCGGCGAGGCCGAGGACGGCUCGCUGUCGGACAAGGCCAGGGAAGCGGUCUCUGAGGCGGCGGACAAGGCGUCCGGCGUGGCGGAGGAGGGCAAGGAGAAGCUGUACAAUGCCAAGGAGAGCACCACGGGCAAGGUGUUCGGCGCCGUGAGGCGCUGCAAGGACAAGCUCUGCGGCGCGGCCAAGGGAGCGGAGGAUGGGGCCUCGCGCGUCAAGGAGGGCGCCGAGGACGCGGCGAGAAGCACCGGCGAGACGCUGUCCGGUGCCAAGGACAGGGCCGAGGACACGGUGUUCGACGCUGCGUCCGGGGCGAAGGAAGCCGCGGUUAGUGCCAGGGACAAGGUCGCCGGAGCAGCCGGCGAAGCCAAGGAGAAGGCGGCGCACAUCAAGGACGGAGCGGCCGAAACCGUGUGGAGUGCCAAGCACAAGGUGUCUGAAGCAGCUGGCGAAGCCAAGGAGAAGGCGUCGCAGGUGAAGGACAAAGCAGCUGAAACGGUGUCGAAUGCCAAGGGCAAGGCCUCUGAAGCGGCCGGUGAGGCCAAGGAGAAGGCAUCGCAGGUGAAGGACAAAGCAGCUGCAACAGCAACGAAUAUCAAAGGCAAGGUCUCUGAAGCGGCCGGUGAAGCCAAGGAGAAGGCGUCGCACGUGAAGGACAAGGCAGCCGACACGGUGACCAGCGCCAAGGGAAUGGUCUCUGAAGCCGCCAAGAACGCCAAGGACAAGGCCUCCGACAUCGCGGAGCGCGCCGAGGAUUACGCGGAGGAUGCCGCGGAGAGCGCAGCCGAGAAGGUGGCGCGGGCCGAGGAGGUGGCCAAGGCGAAGGCCGGCGAGGUGAGCAAGAACCUGACGGACAUCCUGAGGCGGGCACGGGAGGUGGCGUCCGACGCGGGCGCGUACCUCCUCGGCGCGCCCAUGGAGGCCGCGCGCACCGCGAUGGCGAUGAUGCACCUGCUCGGGUUCGCCAUUGCCUACGGCACGUGCGUGUGGGUGACGUUCGUGUCGAGCCACGUCCUGGCCGCGGCGCUGCCCAGGCAGCAGCUCGGCGUGGUGCAGAGCAAGCUGUACCCGGUGUACUUCCGUGCCAUGGCCUACUGCAUCGGCCUGGCGCUCGCAGCGCACGUGCUCGGCCGGGAGCGCGGCUCCUUCGCCGCGCGCGCCCAGAGCUUCAACCUGCUCAGCGCCCUCGGACUCGUGCUCGCCAACAUGCUGCUCCUCGAGCCCAAAGCCACCAAGGUGAUGUUCGAGAGGAUGAAGGUGGAGAAGGAAGAAGGCCGAGGAAGGGACAUGGCCGACAUCAUCGACCCGCCGGCCGUCACCGUGGCAACGGCCGCCACGACGACCACGACAGCCACACCCACGGCAGCAGGAGCCCGUACCCCGGUGGACGGCACGGCGACUGUCAGGGCGGCGAAGACCACGACCACGAAGUCGCCGGUGAUGGCCCCCGACGCGGAGAUGGCCAAGAGCAAGGUGGUGAGCCUGAGCAAGCGGCUGAAGCAGCUCAACGGCUACUCGUCCCUGUGCAACGUGCUGUCACUGAUGGCCCUCACCUGGCACCUCGUUCACCUGGCUCGCCGCCUGCAGAUGAGCGCCGCCUGCUAGGCUCAAAAGGGCAUUCGUCUCUCCUAUGUUUCUAGUCGUAGGUGACAUGACACGUGUUGUGGUUUGUCAUAUGGUUUUUAGAGUGUGUUUAAGCAGCUACUUUGUAGAUUUAGGCUUCUUGUUCCGUCGGUGUACCUAGGAUGUUAUCUGAAUGUUGUUAGCAUGUCUGAUACGUGCGUGUAAUGUAAUUCCUCGUCUGUUUCGUAGUAAGCUUGGAUGUUAUCUGAAUGUUGUUAGCAUGUC